CAUCGAGGCCACGAUCGACGCGCUGGGCCGCAACUCCGGCGCUGCUGUUGGAAUUGGAACAAACGGUGCAGGUGGAUAUGCCGGGACCCGCCUCGCGAGGCCGUGUGAUCUCGGGGGCUCUGACGUUGACGUCGCAAUUGGAAACCACACUGGAGGUUUUGCAUCAUGCAGCAUGCUCGGUGGUACGCCAAGGUCGCGCUCUUCAGUGCGUGCGUCGGCGCCGGCAUGGAGAUGUUCAUGAUUCGCACCGGUUUCUCUUUUUCCGACUCUGUGUGUUGCUGGGUUUAGAUGAGAAGGUCGUGGAUUUGGAGGCACAGCGAAGAGCGGAAGAACUUCAGUGUGCCAAGGAGCAAUUGGACGCUUCUCGGACACUCCAGCAGCAGCCGAAUUUGUCAACCCUUGCUGGUAGGGAAGAAACAGUGGGCCCGUCGUAGUUGGUCAAUUCAACUUCGGGGCUUCGUUCCAGGACACAUCGUUUGAGUUCAGACUUACACACACUUAGUGUAAUUGCAAUCGAGAGUAACGCUUGCCAACGUCCGAACGCGGAUUUCAUUGUACAGUUUAAUUGACUUGAAAUGCAGUAAUCGGAAGCGUGCUCACUGACCGUAUUCGGUUUCCA